AUGAAAUUUCAGCUGACCUUUUUUAUCCGCCUGGUGCUGUUUAGCCUCUCAGAAGCUCAAGAUGACUGCAGCAGUGGCUCUUGUCAUCCAAUCGUUGGUGAUCUCCUAGUGGGUCGAAGUGGCCAGCUGACAGCCUCUUCUACCUGUGGAUUGGAUGGACCACAGAAAUACUGUGUCAUAGGAUACUUGGAGGGUGAACAAAAAUGUUUCAUCUGUGAUUAGUAUCCAUAUAAUCCAUAUACACAAACCAACAGCCAUACAAUCGAGAAUGUCAUUACAACAUUUGAACCAGAUAGAAAAAAGAAAUGGUGGCAAUCUGAAAACGGUCUUGAUAAUGUCAGCAUCAGAUUGGACCUAGAGACACUGUUUCAGUUCAGCCACCUUAUAUUGACUUUUAAGACUUUCCGACCUGCAGCCAUGUUAGUAGAGCGUUCUGUGGACUAUGGCCAAACGUGGAAAGUUUUCAGGUAUUUUGCAAAAGACUGUGCUGCAUCUUUUCCCGACAUUCCAUCUGGCCAGGCACAAGGAGUCGAUGACCUUAUUUGUGUCAAGUAUUCAGAUAUUGAACCCUCUACUAGAGGCGAGGUACAAUUCAUUUGGAUCUCUUUCUUUGGGAUCCCCAGCUUUGAAAUAGAAAAUCCCUAUAGCCCCUACAUACAAGAUCUAGUGUCUCUAACAAACCUGAGGAUAAACUUUACUAAACUACACACUUUGGGGGAUACGUUGCUUGGAAGAAGGCCAAGUGAUCCCCUUGAUAAGUAUUACUAUGCUCUCUACAAUGUGGUUGUUCGGGGAAGAUGUUUCUGCAUAGGUCAUGCUAACAAAUGUGGUCCACACACGAUGUCCGGGAGAUGUCUUCAGCCACCGGAAUGUCUGUUUGAUUGCCGGAUGACACUCUUGACUGAAACCCCAAGAUCUUCAUCAAACUGUCACCUGACCAUGCUUUCUCCAUCUUCUACUCAUGGAAUCAACCUUCCAAAGACGAGUACAGUUCAUGGUCAAUGUAUCUGCCAGCACAACGAUGGCCCAAACUGUGAGAGAUGCAAGGAAUUCUUCCAUGAUGUUCUGAGGCCAGCCGGAGGUCUCCAGGAUAAUGCUUGCAGAUCAUGUAAUUGUAACGGCCACUCUGAACGCUGUCACUUUGAUAUGUCUCUGUACCUCUCAAGUAACGGUGUGAGUGGUGGAGUGUGUGAAGACUGUCAGCAUAAUACUGUGGGACAACACUGUGAUCAAUGCAAACCCUGUUUACAGGGACCCCUCAAGGCAAUUUCAGAUCCUCCUGCUUGCAUGCCUUGUGAGUGUGAUCCUGAUGGGUCAUUGUCCGGUGGCAUGUGUGAAGUUACCCAAUCUGGCCCUGAAUCGAGGCUGGUCGAUUGCCUUUGUAAAGACAAUGUUGAAGGAGCCCAAUGUGAUCGGUAGCCUGGCUAUUAUGGACUGAAUGCCAACGAUCCUCUGGGUUGUCAGCCCUGCAAGUGUAAUCCCUUUGGGAGUAUACCAUCCUCCACCUGUGAUGUGGUUACUGGCCAAUGCUUGUGCCAACAGUUUGCUACUGGACCCCACUGUGAAGAAUGCCUUGUUGGAUAUUGGGGACUUAAAAAUAAUCUACAUGGUUGUUCUCCUUGUGACUGUGAUAUUGGGGGUGCUUAUAGCAAUCUGUGCUCCCCCGACGAUGGGCAAUGUGAAUGUCGUCCUCAUGUUAUUGGCCAUCAAUGCACAGAACCAGAACCCGGAUACUUCUUUGUGCCUUUGAAUUUCUAUAUAUAUGAAGCUGAGGAAGCAACUGCCAUCUCUGGAUCUGCACCUUUGGUCAUUGUGACUUUUGGUCAUCCUGUCAUCAAAGAGCCUAUUCCUGGGAAACCUGUUACAUGGACAGGGCCUGGAUUUGCUCAGGUUCUCAGUGGGACCAGCUUGAGAUUCACCAUCAACAACAUCCCUCAUGCUAUGGACUACGUUAUUGCAAUUCAUUAUGAGCAUCAGUCUUCAGCUGACUGGGCAGCCCGCAUAGUAAUCAACCCCUCUGGAGCUUCAAGAAGUGAACAUUGCAGAUAUAAAGCACACCCACAAGAGCUUGGGACUCUAGCCUUACCGGCUUCUAUGAGAAUUGCACUGCUUGCCACACCAGUCUGCCUAGAACCAGAAAUACAGUAUUCUAUAGAUGUUCAUUUUUCUCAGUCAUUUACUAUGGAUUCGCAGGCUCAUGGGCAUGUUUUGAUUGAUUCGCUUGGCCUUAUUCCCCAAAUUGAUUCAGUAGAGAAUUUCUGCAAUAAACAACAUUUAGAUGAAUACCAGCUAAACAACUGUAUUGAAACUGCUUCAAAACCACAACCUCAAAUAUUGCCAGACUGGUGUGAAAGACUUAUAGUUAGCAUAUCUGCGAAGAUACACAAUGGAACAGUUGCAUGCAAGUGUCACCCUCAGGGAGCCAUAGGGUCAAGCUGCAGCAAACUGGGAGGCCAGUGUCAAUGUAAACCCCACGUGGUUGGGCGCUGCUGUGAUAGAUGUUCUGGGGGAGCCUAUGGUUUGGGGCACCACGGUUGUCAUGCAUGUGAAUGCCAUCCUCAAGGCUCCAAGAGCACCAUAUGUGAUCAGGUGACAGGGCAGUGCUCCUGCCACAGAGACAUUGAAGGUCGCCACUGUGAUCAAUGCUUGGCUGGUUAUUUUGGAUUUCCCAACUGCCGUCCUUGUCCCUGCAAUGGGUUUGCAGAACUUUGUGACCCGGAGACAGGGUCAUGCUUCAACUGCAGAGGAUUUACAACUGGACUUAAUUGCGAAAGGUGCAUCGAUGGUUACUACGGAAAUCCUUCCUCCGGAAAACUAUGUCUUCCUUGCCAGUGUCCCGACGUUCCUUCAAGUAAUCAGUAUUUUGCCCAUUCCUGCUACCAGAACUCUUGGAAUUUAGAAGUAAUCUGCAACUGCCACGAGGGUUAUACAGGUGUUCAGUGUGAUGAAUGCUCAGCUGGUUUUUAUGGAAAUCCAAGAAUUUCAGGAGACCUUUGCCUACCAUGUGGCUGCAAUGACAAUAUAGAUAGAACAGACCCAGAUUCAUGUAGCCGGGUGACAGGAGAAUGCCUUAAAUGUUUAUAUAACACUCAUGGGCCCAACUGCCAGUUCUGUAAACCAGGUUACUUUGGAUCAGCACUCACGCAAAAUUGCAAAGAGUGCACUUGCAAUCCGUCUGGGGUAAACCAUACUACAUGUCCAAUGGGUGAUGGAGCAUGCCUAUGUGACCCAACAACAGGAUCAUGCCCUUGCUUGCCGAAUGUCAUAGGUUUGUCCUGUGACCGAUGUGCAGAAGGAUCCUGGAAUCUGGUCCCUGGUAGAGGAUGUCAGUUCUGCGAAUGUGACCCCCAACAUUCUCACAAUACUCAUUGCAACCAGUUUACAGGCCAGUGCCCUUGUAAAUUAGGCUAUGUUGGAAAACACUGUAACAAAUGUGAGGAAAACUAUUAUGGAGAUCCCCAGGUUCAAUGCAUUGAAUGCAAGUGUAAUAAGGAAGGAACACAGGCGCCCAUCUGUGACCAGGAAACUGGCUCCUGCCUAUGCCGAGCAGGUGUCACGGGCCAAUUCUGUGACCGUUGUGCCCGGGGUCAUUCCCAGGAAUUUCCCACCUGUCUUCGAUGUCACCUAUGCUUUGAUCAAUGGGACAAUAAGAUUUCUUCCCUCUCUGAGGCUGUGCAAGGGUUAAUUAGGUUGGCUGCAAGCUUGGAAGAUAAAAGAAAGACCCUGCCUGGCUGCAACACAGACUUCAAACGCCUAGAAGAUAGCAUGUCUGAAAUAGAAAGGAUUUUGAAACAUCCUGUUUUCUCAUCUGGGGAAUUCUUAAACGUCAAGGAUUAUCAUGACUCUGUUAGAACACAAGUUGACCAGAUAGCCCAACAACUGAAUGGAGCAUAUGACUUCCAAGACAUGAAUGGAACUCUGUUGGCCAUUGGGAAAGAAGCAGAUGAUCUACUUGAAGACCUGCAGAAAAGAGUGCACUUGGCCUCCCAUGUCAGCAAUUCCAGCAUCCAGGAUGCCUCAAAGAUCAAGAAAUAUAAUCAAAUGUCAUUAUCUGCGGAACAGAAAAUUAAUGAAACAACAUUUAUCAUAAAACAUUCUGAAAAUACCAGGAAUGAUUUACUUACUAUGAUAGAUGGACUAACCUCAAAAGCAGACUUCUCACUGGAAAAACUAAAACAGAUUCAGAUUCCAGAUAUCCAAAAAUUGAAUGAAAAGGUAUGUGGAAUACCAGGUAACUUGCCAUGUGUUCUUUCACCCUGUGGGGGAGCUCUGUGUAAAGAUGCCGGUGGACACAGUAUUUGUGGAGGUCCAAGCUGUAAUGGUUCUCUAGACCUCUCAGGAGAUGCCAUCAAGAGAGCUAAGGAAACCGAGUCUAUGGUUAAUAAUCUGACCAACCAGCUACAAGUAUCAGAGAAUCAGAUAAGAAACAUAACAAAACUGACUCAACUUACUAAGACCAAAGCUUUGCAGCUAACUGAGAGGCUAGAGAAUAUGAAAGACCAAAUAAAGCUAGAAGAACCAAGGACAAAAGCCCUCAUCCACAAAGUGAAGGACUUUUUGCAAGAUGAGAACGUCCCACCAGAAGACAUCGAGAAGGUUGCAAAUCAUGUCCUGGAUCUCCACCUCCCGCUAACCUCCCAAAAUCUAACUAAUGAGCUUGACAAAAUCGAAUUUCUCAUGAAACUCUGUGAGGACCACCAAGCAGCAGGGAGCAGGCUAAAACUAAAAGCCACAGAAGCCCAGAAACUUUUAUCGAAGUCCAAACAAGCAGAGGAAGCAGUAAACAGUCUACUGAACCUGGAAGAAAUGCUGAAAAAUUUGCAACGUGCUGAAAGCAUCCAAGGACGAGCAAACUCUGCUGUUAAACAGCUGACUGAUAAGAUACAAACAAUUGAAAUGACAAUACUGAAGGCUGAAAACUUCACCAAUAAGACUGAUGAUGAGUUGGAACACAUAUCAAGCCAACAGUCUACACUGGAAAAUAAAAUCUCCACUCUACAAACCAAGAUACUAAGGACUCGAGACCAUGCUAUCAGUGCAAAAGUCCAGGCAGAAUCAGCCCAGGAUCAAGCUAACAUCACUGAGAAGGAUUUCAUUGACCUAAAAAAACAAUUUACAAUUCUUCAAGAUAAGACAAAUUCUGAAGGAUCCAUGAAGGGAACAUUCAGUAAAGUAAAACUACUUAAAGAAGAAGCAGAAAAAUUGGCUGGGGAGACAGAGGAAAAAAUGCAACAAAUAAAAGAUUUAGAAAAGAAGAUCCAGGUCUUGAAUCAAACUAAGCAAGAGAAAGUCAAUCAACUAAAGCAACUAGAAAAUCAUGUCAUAGCUAUUAAAAAUGAAAUUGCCGAAAAAGAAAAUAAGUAUGCUACCUGCCAUAUCUAGGCCACUUGAAAGGGUUAGAGCCGCUUCCUUAUAUUCUGACUGCUGAUUAAAACCCCUCUGUGUAGAAUUAUAGAGUCCUGGAAACUGGACUGGCUCUCGAAGUCAUUUGCCCAACUCCUCCCCAAAGCAAGGAUUUCCAUUGACAAAGAGCCACCAGACAUGGAGAUCAGAAAGGCUAUUGUGAUGUCAGGUAAGCAGGGUUGGGGGUGUCUCUAUAACAUCGGUCUUCCUGGAGUUUCCCUACUCUCUGUACUGCUAUUUCUUGGUAUUUAAAUAGACCAAGAGAUUAGAGCCAGGGAAAUGUCACUUUUUAUGAAAAUAGGAAAGGAAAAACAAAAGGUUUGCAAGCUGCUUUUUCCUCUUGACAUUUUUCCCUCUAUUAGUUUAAGGGGGUGGGGGGAAGGUGGAGCAGAAAUUAGGUAUGUAAAACAAUUAUAUUAAAAGAAGCAUGGAUUCAGGCUUAUGCUAUUUCUGUCAAAUGAACUUUAAAUUUUAUUGAAUGACUAUAUUCUGGAUGGAAACAAUA